AUGGAAACUGAAGAUCUCGAUGAUAUGGAACAACUGGACGAGACUGAUGACGACUCAGACACCGACUUUGACGAAGUGGCUAGACUGGAAGACAGUCUAAACAUGGAACAACUCGAUGAGACUGAUGGCGACUUGGAUACUGACUGUGACGACGUUGACGAAGUGGCUAGACUGGAAGACAGUCUAAAUAUGGAACAACUCGACGAAACCAAUGACGACUUGGAUACUGACUGUGACGAAGAUGACGAAGUGGCUGGACUGGAAGACAGUCUAAACAUGGAACAACUCGACGAGACUGAAUACGACUUAGAUACUGACUGCGACGAAGUUGACGAAGUAAAUGAAGAACAGACGGAUACAAUAACGACAUUGGAGAGUCAUCUGGGUGAGAAAGAUCUCUUGCUCAAGAAGAGAGACGAAGAGGAAAGAGAGAGGGAAAUAUUCUUCCAGCGAGAGAUGGCUGAGAAGCAGAGAGAGCUGAAGGCCACCCUACAGAAGGAAACAGAACUCUGCCUCAAAUUAAAAGAAUCCGAAAAUAUGAAUCAGUUGCUUGAUUUGGAAAACGAAGAGUUCUGUAGGAUGAAUGAAGACCUUAGGAACGAUUUACUUGAGAAAGAGAAGGAAGUCGACCUUCUGAAAGAAUCCCUCAACCCUUAA